CAGUGAGUUCUUACGAGGUCAUCAUUGCAGCGGGAUCUGGGAAGAUUAAUGGUCCGAUUGUACUGCAAUAAUAAGUUGGGAGCUGUCCUUCACAGCGCGUGGUAGCUCCCUCCGGCUGUGAUAGCUAGAAGCAGACAUCUGCCCGACAUUUUCAAGAUCCUCUCAUCAUCGAUGUCUGGUGUUUGUAUCAUCGGGGUAUAUGUACGUAUUGCAAGGUGUCAGACAUGUACAGUACGAGGGAAAUAUCGCGAUCUGGUAGAAGCGCGUUAUGCGCGUCAUGAACGUCGAGAUUGUCUUCCAUUUGUCCACUGUACAUUCGAGUCGUAUCGGCAGAUGACGAGUCGAGCGUGGGAGAAACGUGAGAGGUCCCCAGCGUGCUACUUCGUUUGUACUUUCGACACAGAGGUAUUGUACCGUGUGUAUCUAGCUUUCAAGACCUGCGUCUUGAAGAUUGAUCAGAUCAAUUACUUUUCUCCGGCGAUACCGGGGCAUGAUCAGGCCCAGAAGGGAGCGGUGCCGGAGAAGCCAGCAUCAAUGAAAACAGUCAAGUUACCUGGGGAGAGAGGAUGGACGACCUUGCAGCACAUUUGACUUCUGCAGGGUACACGCUCUCAUUUGCGUGCGCCGCGGCACCAGCCGCAGCUCCUAACAAAUUGACUGCAGAAUGCACGCACCACGCCGAACAUCACCCCACACACUGCUAAGAUUUUCAUGUGAGACGCGGCGUUCACUCCAGACCGAGCCACCGAGAGGACACUACUCCU